AAACACGACACCAAAAGCAACAAGAUGGACAAACAGCAACAGGCAAGGGAGACAAUCGACGUCCUGAACGAGAUAUCCCUACUGUUGAAUACCGGACUCGACAAGAACACGUUGUCGCUGUGUGUGAGUCUAUGUGAGAACGGCGUGAACCCAGAAGCACUUGCGGCUGUUAUCCGCGAGCUGAGAAGUGAGAAGGAGAUGUUGAAGGCAUGAAUGCGGACUCGACGCGGAUGAAGAGACGCGACAACAAGAGAAGCCUGCGCCAACUGCUACGAGGCCGACUCUAAGAUCAAGGAAGUUGCCGUGCACGUCACGAGCAGGUGGACUUGAAAGGAGACAGAACCCAAAGUGCAUUCAUACAAUGCCGAAAUGCUACAUAGCGCCAUGAUACCUUUAUACCCAAACACAAACACAAAACCAUUGUCCAUCCA